UAUUGUUUAUUUUGUUUAUUUUGUAUUGUAAAUUAUGUUUAUUUUGAAAUUGUGUUUGCUGUCUGCUAUCUUGAAUUCGCUGUACAAAAAUGUCUGUUACAUUAGAUAUCAGAUUAAAACGAGUGAAUAAAAUUUAUCAUGAAGAGGAAAUCAUUAUAGGUUAUGUUGUAGUAGAAAGUAAAUCCGAAGUUAAACAUGAAGGGAUCACUUUAACAAUGGAAGGAAAUGUUACUAUGCAAUUAAGUGCGAAAAAUGUAGGAAUUCUGGAAGCGUUUUAUUCAUCUGCAAAGCCAGUUUUAUUAACCAGUUCUAUAAUUGAAAUUGCCAAACCAGGCAAAUUACCUCCUGGACGGACAGAAAUUCCUUUUGAAAUACCAUUGAAACCCAGAACUAAUAGGACAUUAUAUGAAACUUAUCAUGGAGUUUUUAUAAGUAUUCAGUAUUACUUAAAAUGUGAAAUGAAGCGAUCUUUAUUGAAUAAAGAUUUGCAGAAACUUCUGGAGUUCAUUAUGGAAUAUAAGAGUCAAAAAGGAGAUUCUAAAGCUGUUCCUGUAAAUUUCAGUAUCACUCCAGAAUCUUUACAGAAUGUCAGAUAUAGAAAAAACAUGCCAAAUUUUGUCAUAAAAGGACGGAUUGAUUCAACUGCAUGCAAUAUUAUGCAGCCAUUUACUGGAGAGCUAUGUAUUGAAAAAUGUGAUGCACCUAUAAGGUCUGUAGAACUGCAGUUAGUCCGAGUAGAGACUUGUGGAUGUUCUGAGGGAUACUCACGAGAUGCUACUGAAAUACAAAAUAUUCAGAUUGGUGAAGGAGAUGUAUGCAGAAACAUUUUGAUUCCAAUUCAUAUGAUAUUUCCAAGACUUUUUACAUGUCCAACACUUAAAACAAACAACUUUAAAAUUGAAUUUGAAGUGAAUGUAGUUGUAGUUUUUGAAGAUGAACAUAUAAUAACUGAAAACUUCCCAAUUGAAAUCAUCAGACCAUAAUUUUAUGAUUUUAUUCAAUAACCGAUAAUUCUCAAUCAUCACAGGCGGUGGCUUUUUCUUUCGUGUCGAACUGGAAUUAUUAUUGAAAUUUGAACCGUUGUUGGCUCGCACCACACUCGUCUGACAUCCGGCAUAGCUGCUGUAUCUCAAAGAAUUCCGAUCGUAAGAUCCAUUUUUUCUGCAGCAGUGAGCCAGCGUGUUUUUGAAAGCGUGCCGGAACUUUUUGGACAUAAUACUGUAUAGGAUGGGGUUGAUGGUUGCACUCACAUAAUAUGUUAUACCCGAGAUGUGGGUGAGGGUAGUGUAGAUCAUGACGGCGGUUGGAGUCUGGUGGACUACGUAAAUUGCCAUCAGUCUCUGAGCGUGGAAGGGGGCCCAGCAAAUAAAAAAUGCCACCACUACAGCAACUGAAAGGAAAAUGAAAUAAUUAUUUGUAAAUUCUGUUCUUUUGUAAUGGAUUGUAAAUAAAUAAUUUAUAUAUAUUUGUA